UGUGUUAUGGAGAUUGUUGAGUGCAAGUAUUUGCUAGGGAGUGUCUCACUCCCUCAACAACAGAGGGUAUUGUUUUCGUGGGGGGUUUUGUUUCCCAUUUUCUGAAGAGAGUCCAAAGGGAUUCACGGAAUUUAGGAAUUGCCUCGACUGGAAGAGAUACGAUUUGCAAGCUCACGGGAAAGGUGUCAGUGUUAUGCAAAAUGUUCAUCCUUAAACUCCAUGAACCCUUUUUGGCUCUCCUCAAAAUAUGGGAGACAACUCCCCACAGGGACAAUACCUUCUACUGAGGGAGUGAGCAGAUACUUGCCCUCAAUAGAGAUAUAUAUACCAAUGGAGUCUUAGGUUUAUUGGUUUCUUUAUAUAACUUGGCAACAGGUAAAAUUUGAAAGUGAAUGUUAUUGAAUCAUUGAUUGUGUUGCAAUGCAACCAAAUUUGAAAUUGUGAACAAUGCGGAAAUCAGUUGCUUGAAUGAAAAGUUUGAUGGAUACGAUGCUUCCAUUGCAAUACCACCAAGUCCAUCCUUAUGUUAGACAAAUUCGAACAUGCGAAUAGGUAUGAACUUUUCUUGUACUCACAUAAACACUCACUUUAAGUUAUGUACAUACUCAUAUCUAGCACUCAUUCUGAAUCCAGGUGCCUAUGGCUGCACAAUGGGCAUCCUCAUUAGUUCCAAACACGGUGAGGUAGUUUUGGUCUUAUCACUUCGGGUUUUUAAAGUUUCAGAAAUGUGGUGCUCUAUACUAUUGACUUUUUUACUAUAUUCUAUUAGUACUUGGAUUUGAUUGCCCAUCACUACAAGCUUAUAGGACUAUAGGAGUAACUUUUUUUACUGUUUUGGGGGCAGCUUUAUUGAGGACGUUAAUUAACGGCCAAAAACUACCCAAACUGUGGAAUCCCAUAAAACCUGAAAUCACGAAGCUUAUUGGGCCCACAUGUUUAGUUUAAUCACACCAUUGAAGCAUGCUUUGAAUCCCUUUAUAAAAUCACCCAUUUUCUCCUUUCAAGCUCAACUCUCCCUCCAUUUUCAUCGCAACCAAAAAAAUGGCAAUCCCUUCACUUUCUCUUCUCUUCCUUUUCACCUCUCUUCCUCUUUUUUCCUCUUCCCCGGUUAAAGAUCCUGAACUUGUAGUUCAAGAUCUUCACAGGGCCAUUAAUGUGUCUAGGAGGAACCUUAAGUAUCUCUCUUGUGCAACUGGUAACCCCAUAGAUGAUUGCUGGAGAUGUGACCCUAACUGGGAGAAGAACAGACGGAGGCUAGCCGACUGUGCAAUCGGGUUUGGCAAGAAUGCCAUUGGUGGAAGAGACGGUAAACUCUACGUUGUCACUGAUUCUAGUGAUGAUGAUCCCGUGAAUCCAAAACCUGGAACUUUAAGACACGCUGUGAUUCAAGACGAACCGUUGUGGAUCGUGUUCGCUCGUGAUAUGACCAUUCAAUUGAAGGAAGAACUCAUUAUGAACUCUUUCAAAACAAUUGAUGGCAGAGGUGCUAGUGUUCACAUUACUGGGGGUCCAUGCAUUACCAUUCAGUUUGUGACCAACAUUAUCAUCCAUGGAUUGCACAUUCAUGAUUGCAAACAAGGAGGGAAUGCUAUGGUGAGGGACUCCCCGCGGCACUACGGUUGGCGAACGACAUCAGAUGGUGAUGGUGUGUCCAUCUUUGGUGGUAGCCAUAUUUGGGUGGAUCAUAACUCGUUAUCAAACUGCAAGGAUGGUCUGAUUGAUGCUAUUUAUGGAUCCACUGCCAUCACCAUUUCAAAUAACCACAUGACUCACCAUGAUAAAGUUAUGUUACUAGGGCACAGUGAUUCCUAUAUGAAAGACAAGAACAUGCAAGUCACCAUUGCCUUUAAUCACUUUGGUAAAGGGCUCAUCCAAAGAAUGCCAAGAUGUAGACAUGGGUAUUUCCAUGUGGUGAACAAUGACUACACCCAUUGGGAAAUGUAUGCAAUUGGAGGGAGUGCUAAUCCAACCAUCAACAGCCAAGGGAAUAGAUUUACUGCACCAAAUGAUAUAUUCAGCAAAGAGGUGACCAAGCAUGAAGAUGCGCCUGAGAGUGAAUGGAAGAACUGGAACUGGAGAUCGGAAGGCGAUCUGAUGGUAAAUGGUGCGUUUUUCACACGGUCGGGUGCUGGUGCAUCUUCAAGCUAUGCCAAGGCCUCUAGCUUGGGUGCUAGGCCAUCAUCGCAUGUCGCUACGAUAACAACUAAUGCCGGUGCACUUAAUUGCAAGAAAGGCUCUCGUUGCUGAUAGUAAAAGUUGAUGAUGUUAAAAUUCGAACUUCAAAUAUAUUAAAUGAGUUCGAAUUUUUCUUUUUAAAUUCGAGUUCGAGUUCGAUGAUUACAACCUCGGCCUGUUACUCAAGUACUUUGAGAAAGCAAGUGCAGAUGUGUUGAUAUAAUAUUUAAAUAUCUUUUACUUUAUUUUGCAUUAAA